AUGUUUCUAUUGGCGGUUUCUGCAACAAUAUCGCUCGUGCUCGGCAUUUCUCAAGAAGUCGUUCUGGGAAACAGCAUGGGAUCUAAUACUGGCUGGGCUCAGAGUGCUGCCAUCAUCGGUGCCAUUGUCAUUACUGUCACAGCAACGGCAGCUAAUGACUACCAAAAGAACUACAAAUUUGAGAGGCUUCAGCAACGGACGGAGGAGAGAUGGGUUACAGCUAUCCGUUCCGGAAAGAGCUGCCAUAUAUCGAUUUACGACAUUGUCGUUGGUGACGUUCUCCUCAUUGAUACCGGAGAUAUCUUACCUGCAGAUGGCAUCCUGGUGGAAGCAUCGCAGAUACUCUGCGACGAGUCGCAUCUGUCUGGUGAAUCGGAGCUUGUACGCAAAAUUCCUGCUGACCAAUAUGGCGGCGACUCUACGGCAAGCCCUUUCGUUUUCAGUGGCGCUAUCGUAUCACAGGGCAUUGGAACCUACGUUGUCACCGCUGUCGGCAUGAACUUGACAAGCGGACGUAUUGCGAUGGCUCUUCACAAUCGGACCCAGCAGACCCCGCUCCAGCAGAGGUUAGGCCGCCUUGCAAAGCGAAUUAUCAUCGUCAGCUCUAUCAUUGGAGCUGUUUACUUCCUUAUACUCUUUAUUAGAUGGUUGGUUCAGCUCAAAAGUCCCAACGGCCCAAAGACGGCGCGCGAUAAGGGCGAGUCAUUCCUCGACGUCUUUAUGAUCGCUGCGACAGUGAUCGUCAUUGGAGUUCCUGAGGGUCUGUCAUUGGCUGUUUCCGUCGCUCUUGCCUUUGCAACAACGCGAAUGCUUAGGGACAAUAAUCUUGUUCGGUUGUUACGCUCCUGCGAGGUCAUGGGAAAUGCGACUUGCAUAUGUACUGAUAAGACAGGGACGUUAACGACUAACGAUAUGAACGUCAUGUCUGGAGUGAUCGGCUGCGAUGAGAAAUUUGGGCCUAAUAGUCAGACGCCACCUGAUGUCGCAAACCCUGCUAGAAGCAACCUGCUCUCUGCCAGUGAACUCGCUGCCCAGCUCGCUAUAGAUGUUAGGGGUAUCUUGAAGUCAAGCAUAGCGUUGAACUCGACUGCGUUUGAGCAAGGCGGCUCUGGGUCGGGGAAUUUUGGCGGAUCCAGUACCGAGAUUGCGUUGCUGAGGUUCGCCCGGGACCAUCUCGGCAUGGCAUCCCUCGCUCAACAGAGAGCCAACGCUGAGAUUGUGGAACUAUUUCCAUUUGAUACGGACCGCAAGUACAUGGGUGUAGUCAUUAGAUGGGGUGAUAAAUUUCGCCUACUCGUGAAGGGCGCACCUGAAAUUAUCAUCUCGAACUGCAGCACAACGCUGGAGAGCACGAUGAGAAAUUGGAAUCCUAGGGAGGAGCUCAUAUCGACAGUUUUGAGGGAGGAGAAGAGGGCUGAGCUGGAAGAUGCAGUGUAUGACUAUGCGUGCAAACGUUAUCGUACCAUCGCUAUGGCCUACCGCGAUUUGGAGUCUUGGCCUCCUGUUGAGUCGACAAAUUCUGAGGGAGAUCCUAUCGAUCUCCAUGGAUAUUUCGACGAAGCAUUCCGCGAGCAGAUGACCUUUGUUGCUCUGUUUGCUUUGCGCGACCCAUUACGACCUGAAGUCGUCGAGUCAAUCCGCAAGUGUCAAGACGCGGGCGUAUUUGUGCGGAUGGUAACUGGUGACAACCUCGCUACAGCCGAAGCCAUUGCGUUGGAAUCAGGCAUCUUUACUGCUGGUGGUAUCGCUAUGGAUGGCCCCACCUUCAGACGUCUUACUCCGAAGCAGAUGGAUGCUGUCAUUCCAAGGUUACAAGUUCUGGCAAGGUCAACUGCAGAUGACAAGGCUCAACUCGUCAUGGCUUUGAAGAGACUUGGAGAGACAGUCGCUGUAACAGGAGAUGGUACCAAUGACGCUUUUGCUCUGAAAGCUGCCGACGUUGGGUUUUCUAUGGGCAAGUCUGGCACGCAGGUUGCGAAAGACGCGAGCUCCAUUGUGUUACUUGAUGACAAUUUCGCAUCGAUUGUGAAGGCCGUUGCUUGGGGAAGAGGAAUAAGUGAUGCCACAAAGAAAUAUUGCCAGGUAAUUGGUCCCAUGAACCAUGCAAGGAAAAAAACCAGGCUAAUCCUCAUCUCGUUUGAACAGUUUCAAUUCACACUCAACAUAACGGCCGUCAUCAUUACAGUCAUCUCUACACUGGUUGGUGACGUGGACUCAUCAGUGUUCAAUGUUGUUCAGCUUCUAUGGUUGAACCUUAUUCUUGAUAUUCUUGCGGGCCUAGCGCUAUCAACCGAUUAUCCACGUCCAUAUCUAAUGCGAAGAAAGCCAGAACCACGAAGUGCGUCUCUGAUCAGUCUUACGAUGUGGAAGAUGAUUCUAGGACAAUCUAUUUAUCAGCUUGCCGUAAUUUUCACCAUGCAGUAUGCCGGGGGAAAACUCUGGAGCGAGGCAUCGGACGACCAGGCACAAACCGUCGUUUUCAACACCUAUAUGUUCAUACAACUUUUUAAUCAGAUCAAGUAA